AUGGAUGCUAAAUUUGAGGGGGAAAAUCAGUUUUUGUAUGAACCAGUAGUGCCAGAGAUGAAAGGUGGUGUUGGAAGUGGGAGUUCAAAGUGGGAUUUGAAUGAUUGGAGAUGGGAUGGUGAUCUUUUUACUGCUAAGCAACUUAAUUCAGUGCCGACGGAUUGUAGGAAUCGUCAACUUUUCCCGGUUGAUCCCGAGAUACCAGAAAAUGUUAACAAUUUGGCUUCUGGUGAGGGAAGUAGAGAAUUGGAGAAGAGAAGGAGGGGUAUUUUUGAUGAAGGGUUGGAGAUGAAUGAUGAUUUUGGUUCUCUUAAUUUGAAUCUUGGGGGUCAAGUUUACCCUAUUAUGGAAGGGGAUGAAAAAAGUGGUAAGAAAACGAAGAUUACUGUGACUACUUCGAAUCGGGCGGUUUGUCAGGUGGAAGAUUGUAGGGCGGAUCUUAGUAACUCAAAAGAUUACCAUCGUCGCCACAAAGUUUGUGAUGUGCAUUCUAAGGCUAGCAAAGCACUAGUGGGGAAUGUUAUGCAGCGGUUUUGUCAGCAGUGUAGCAGGUUUCAUGUUCUUCAAGAGUUUGAUGAAGGGAAGAGAAGUUGUCGUAGGCGUCUUGCAGGUCAUAAUAAGAGGAGGAGAAAGACACAUCCUGAUGUGGCUGUAGUUAAUGGAGGCUCUUCGAAUGAAGAAAGGGGGAGUAGCUAUCUAUUGACGAGUGUACUAAGGAUACUGUCCAAUAUGCAUACAAACAACGCAGAUCACAUGGGAAACUCAGAUGUUCUUUCUCGUCUGCUUGGGAACCUCACAAGUUUGACUGGUGCAGUAAACGGAAGGAAUAUAGCAUCAUUGUUGGAGGGAUCUCAAGAUUUAGUAAAAGCUGGUACAUCUGGAGCUGCACAAGAUGUUCCAAACACAAAUUCAAUUGAUUCUGAACCACCAAGACCUUUUGAUUCUUCCCUCAAAAUGAGUAACAAUCUAAUUCAUCAGGCCACUCCCGAAUCUAGGUUACAGGGUCCGACAGUUCCUUCAAAUCAUACGGCUCAAAAAUGUAUACCUUCAAGCAGUGUUGGAGUAGGAUGUUUAAAAUCUCCUUUAGAACCACAAUUCAAAGACAUGCUUCCUUCACAUGGCAGCCUUCUGCCUCUACCAGUUGCCGUAAAGACUACAGCUGGAAGAAAUGGUUUAAUUAAUAUUGACUUGAAUAAUGUAUAUGACGACGUGCAGGAUUCUAUUGAGAACCCGGGAAACUCUUGUCCUCAUGUGGCUUCUGGGGUUGAAUCUCAUGAUCAUCCUUCAUUGGUACAAUAUGAAUCUCUCAAGUCAAGUCCACCACAGACAAGUAGAAAUUCAGAUUCAACCUCCACCCAGUCACCAUCUAGUUCUAGCGGGGAAGGCCAGAGUCGAACAGAUCGAAUUGUUUUCAAACUUUUUGGCAAGGAUCCUAAUGAUUUCCCUGUUGUUCUUCGAUCACAGAUCCUUAGCUGGUUAUCCCACAGUCCCACAGAGAUAGAGAGCUAUAUAAGGCCAGGGUGUAUUAUUUUAACUAUAUGUCUCCGCCUAGAAAAUUCGGCAUGGGAUGAGCUAUGCUAUAAUCUCGGAUCUAGCUUGAGAAAGCUUCUAGCUGCAUCAAAUGAUUCACUUUGGCGAACAGGGUUGAUAUAUGCAAGAGUACGGAAUUCUGUAGCUAUUCUGUAUAAUGGUCAGGUGGUCUUGGAUGCGCCGUUGCGUCUUGGAAGCCUAGAAAGUUGUCAGAUUUUGUGCGUGAAGCCCCUUGCUGUUUCUGCGAGUGCAGACGUUAAAUUUUCUGUGAAAGGGUUAAACCUUUUCCUGUCUAGUACAAGAUUACUCUGCGCACUCGAAGGAAAGUAUCUGGUAGAGGAUAAUUGUUAUGAUUUGAUUGAUGGUGCCGAAGCAGCCUCUGGACAUCAUGAGCUUCAGAAUCUCAGCUUCUCUUGUCAUAUACCAAAUAUGACUGGAAGAGGGUUUAUUGAGGUCGAAGAUAAUAGUCUCAGCAGCUGUUCCUUUCCAUUCUUAGUCGCAGAGCCUGAAAUUUGUUCGGAGAUAUGUAAUCUGGAAACUGUCAUUGAAGCAGCAGAGACUGCUGAUGACAUCCAGAUAAAGGCUAAAUUAAUGGAAGAAAAGACUCGAGCAAUGAAUUUCGUACAAGAAAUGGGUUGGCUCCUUCAUAGAGUUUGUCUGAAAUUUAGGCUAGGGCCAGCGGCACCUGUUCAAGAUCGCUUUCACUUUAACCGGUACACAUGGCUUGUUGGCUUCUCUAUGGAUCAUGAUUGGUGUGCUGUGAUGAAAAAACUCUUGGACAUUAUCUUUGAAGGUGAAGUUGAUACCGGAGAACAUACCUCUGCCGAGCUUGCGUUGUUAAACAUGGGUCUUCUACACAAAGCUGUAAAGAGGAAUUGCAGGCCUAUGGUGGAACUAUUUUUAAACUUUGUGCCAAUUAAGACGUCAGAUGGUGGAGACGGUAAAGAGAUGCAAGUCAAUAAGUCCCCUGACCGAUUCUUGUUUAGACCGGAUGCCGUUGGGCCUGCUGGAUUGACACCCCUUCAUGUUGCAGCAUGUAUGAAUGGUUAUGAGACUGUAUUGGAUGCGUUAACCGAUGAUCCAGGAAUGGUUGGAAUUGAAGCAUGGAAAAGUGCAAAGGACAAUACAGGUUUAACACCCAAUGACUAUGCAUCCCUUAAGGGACACUACUCCUACAUUCAACUUGUGCAGAGAAAAACAAACAAGAACAACCAAACUCAACAUGUGCUGGACAUCCCAGGCACCCUUGUAGACGGAAACACGAAGAAGCAAUUAGACGGACAUAAAUCAUCAAAAGUUUCAAGUUUCAAUACAGAAAAUAUUACAACAAUGGGAAAUCAUUGUGGUCUCUGCCAACAGAAACUGGCCUACAGCAGCAACGGCGGCAUGAGGAGAGCACUUGUCUAUAGGCCGGUGAUGCUGUCAAUGGUUGCGAUUGCAGCUGUAUGUGUUUGUGUAGCCUUACUAUUCAAAAGCUCCCCAAGAGUUUACUAUGUCUUCCAGCCUUUCAGCUGGGAAUCUUUGGAGUAUGGUUCAAUGUAA